AUGGGUUUAGACUUUUUAGAACAUGGAGCGGAUUUCGAAGCCGCGAUUUCUGCAACCGGCUUUGGUCGUUUCCACUUCUGUCUACUGGCGAUCACAGGGCUGAUCUAUGCCAAUACAGCCGUCGGUAUUACAAUUAUUUCGUUUGUGUUGCCCGCGGCGACAUGCGACUUCCGUAUGACAUCCGCCGAUAAAGGCUGGCUGACCGCCGCCCCUAUGUUAGGUAUGGUGUUAGGUUCAUAUUUCUGGGGUUGCUUAGCCGACACUAAAGGGCGUAAGGUGGUGUUAGUAUCGACUCUACUUAUUGACGGGUUCGUCGGAAUCAUCUCCUCCUUCGUCCAAAUUCUGCCCGUAUUCAUGGCUUGCAGAUUUGUCAACGGUUUUGCUGUUGCUGGCGCUAUGGGAAUCUGCUUCCCUUACUUAGGAGAGUUUCAGCAAACCAAAUACAGAGAAAAAAUUCUGUGCUGGAUGGAAAUGUUCUGGACACUAGGUGUCAUCGUACUUCCUUUGAUUGCAUGGGGCAUCAUCCCAAUCCAGGGCAUACGUAUUGAAAGUGGAGCCUUUUCUUACGACUCGUGGAAUUGGUUCGUAGCCGCGUGCGGUUUACCGUCCCUCUUUCUUGGUUUCUGGCUGUUCACGUUCCCAGAGAGCCCCAAGUUCAUGAUGGAGUGCGGUGACUACGACGAUGCCCUUAACUGCCUCAAGCAAAUCUACAAACAGAACACAGGCGAUGACCCUGAUAAUUAUCCAAUUAAGAGUCUGAAGGAGAAAGUCCGUACCAUAUCCGUGGCAUCGCAGAGCUCUCAGAAAUCCGUGCGAAGCUUGAGCAUGCGUAAACGUAAGGAUCUAAAACGACUUUUCAGCGAAAUCUGGGGUCAGACCAAGGCGCUCUGUAAAGCUCCCUACCUCAAAUAUACAAUACUCACUUGUCUUAUUCAGUUUGGCUUAACUACCAGUUACUAUACCCUCAUGAUCUGGUUCCCUGAAUUGUUUAACCGUUACGAAGAAUUCGAGCACCGCUUCCCAAAUCAAUCUGCAUCGGUUUGCGACGUGUCCGGUAUUGUCGUGAGCGACGAGAGCAACGUGGACCCCUACGAUUGCGAGAAGAUCAUCGACGAGAGUGUAUACACUCAUACCUUGAUCGUCGGUCUCGCUUGCAUCCCGACCUCCUUGUGGUUGCCACUGUGUGUGCACAAGCUUGGUGCUAAGUUCUUCCUCAUUUUCUCACUCGGUUUCGCCGGUGUGGUGACCGUCGGUCUAUACUUCGUACAGAACUCCAUCCAAAACUUGGUAUUGUCCUGUAUCUUCGAAGCCCUCACCUCGCUCGCCAUCAGUCUUGUGUUUUGCGUUUUAGUCGACCUAUUCCCAACAAAUCUUAGGGUAAUGGCUGCCGCCCUUUCGCUAACUGCUGGUCGAGGUGGAGGUCUCAUAGGCAACUUGUCCUUCGGUUAUCUGAUCGACAUCAAUUGUGUCAUACCUAUUGUAGUUUUCUCAGCAUUCCUGUUCAUUGCUGCAAUUCUCUGCUUCUUCUUGCCAAAGACAGGACAAGAAGCGCUCGAU